AUGGGUGUUAGAGGGUCACAUAAGCUAGGACCACUGAACGAUGUUGGUGGACGGGAAACGAAACAUUUCCACUAUGUAGAUCAGAGUACUCGUAAAUUUCCAAUAGAAAAGGGGACGCCAGUUACUGUUCAACGUGGUGACGUUGUUGUAUUCUACUACCUUCUAGUUCAUGGCAGCACACCCAAUCUCUCCACGAGACCAAGACGUAUGCUAGUGAUCCAGUACGCGGACGCUCAUGAUGAACCAGUAGGCAGUGGAAAAGCUCAACCUUGUCGAGGUUUGGUACUAAGAGGUGUAUUAAUAUGA